GGCAUUGACUGGUUAAACAAUGGUUGUCACUCGUGCGGGGUCUGCAUCUCCUGCUCGGUCGGGUGCUGCGUUCUCUGGCCCAGCAUCCUCGAAGCAUUCUGACGAUCAAGAGUCUUCCGAAACGAAGGGGAAACUUCUGAAGAGUAAUCUUUCUCCUUUGUCUAAAGGGAAAGCUGUUUUGAAGUAUUCAUUGGAUUCUCCCCUUCCUAAUGUGAUCGAGGAUGAUGUUGGUGGUUCAAAUGAGUUGAAGGAGGGCGACAUGCAUGCGAGUGUUGACUUAAUUGGGAAAAAGUUGAAGCGAAAACAUGUUGCAUUGUCAAAGAGCAAAGUCAGUGCGAAGAAAUCUAAGAAACUAUCUAUUGGAGGUUCUAGUCGAGUAAAGUGCAAGGCUAACAGAAAAAUUGCGAAGAAGAAUGUUGGUUUACUGGAUAAACCGAAGCAUAUGGAAUGUUUUAUCAAACAUGAGGAUCAUUAUAGAGCAAGAGUCAAUUUUCACUGUGGUUUUGAGAAGAUCAAUGUGAUCUCAGAAAAAUUUACUGACUCUCAAAAGGUUUUGUUUAGUAAGACUUGCUUUGGUCAUUUUCUAAACCUUAAAUCUUAUGCUAAUCAAGCUAAAUUGGUUCACCAUGUUUUGUUGAGAGAAGUUAACCAACCAAACUUAAAUGAAAUGUGGUUUAAAGUUUGUGGAAAGCUGAUUAGGUUUUCUUUGGGUGAAUUUGGGUUAUUGUCUGGGUUAAAUGUGUUUGGUGACAUUGAUAGAGGUGGAAUUAAGAAUAGUAAUCCUAUUGGAUUGUAUUCUAAAUUUUUUGGUGACCAUACAAGGGGCAUUUCAAGAAUUAUUGUUGAAGAAAGGUUUAAGGCUGCCAAUUUUGAUAAUGAUGAUGAGGCUGUUAGGAUGGUUGUACUUUACCUGAUCACUAACUUUUUGUAUGCUUGGCAAAAAGAGAAGAACAUUGAAAAAACUGACUUGUAUCUUUGUGAUAGUGGUGGUUUUAAUCAUUUUCCAUGGGGAAAGGAUAUUUUUAAUGUGACUCUCUCAUCUUUGAGAGAUGCUUUAAGGGAAAAUGAAGUUGUUAUUACUCGGCAAGGUUCUUACCCAACCUAUAAGUUGAAUGGUUUGCCAUUUGUUUUCCAAGUUUUCAUUUACGAAUCAAUUCCUAGUUUAGAGGGAACUUAUUGUGAGAAGGUUAGUUGUGGUCUGCCUAGGAUUAUAAAUUGGUCAUCUGUUGCAAUCCCAUCUCAUAAGGAGCUUGAGAGGAAUGUGUUUUCAUUACAUAAGACCAAAAUUGUUAAAGUUUUGCCCACUGAUGAAGAGAACAAUUCCUUCAAGCUUGAAGGUUUUUUCCAGUGCAACAAGGAUAUGAAUGUUGCUGAUUUUGAGGAUGAUGAUUUUGUUGCUCCUCCAAAGAAACCAACCAGUGAGGCUCCUUCCUCAUCCUAUGUUCCUUGUGUGACAUUUGGUUUUUCUGAUAUGAAAAUUAUUGUGGAUGAAUGUCAGAAGAAGUGUAACAUUAUGUCUAAGGAAAUUGCAUUUUUAAAGUCUGCUAGUGAAUCUAGACAUAGGGCAUUGAUGGAGAUGUUGGUUAAUUUGAAAAACGAUCAAGAUUUAAAACACAAGGCAGUUAUGGAAAUGUUAGGUGAGUUGAGGCCAAAAUCAUGUGGUAUUAAUGAUGAUAUUGAUCAUGUUGAUGUUGGUUUUGUGGGAGCUGAUGUUGGUGAUACUUCUGGUGGUGGUGGUGUUUCAAAGGAAAAGGAUAAGUUUUUUGAGAAUGAAAGUUUUACCCAAGUUUUUGAUGAAUGCAUUCAAGCAAUGCAAGAAGAUGCUGCUGGAGAUAUGGUAAUUGCAGAUGAUAAGAAUGAUACAGUAAAUGAGAAUGAGAAGACUACUGGGAAUGAUGUUGAAGAAACAAUGAAUAUUGUCAAACCUCAUGAUGAUGUAGCUGAUGUUGUUAAAGAUCUAGAAGAAGAGACUCAUAUUUUUAACAACAUGAAUGUGGAGAUUUUUGAUAAAGUUGUUCAUGCAGCUGUUGGUGAUUUGGCAAAGAAAAAGGAAGUUAUUAUGGCAACACCCAUUGCUGGUUCUUUGAUGAAUCCAGUAGUUGUGUCUACUCCUGUUGUUGGCAAAAGGAAUCCAAAGCCUGCUACAGUUUUGCAAUCUCCUUUUGUUAACCAAUUUGGAUCAUCUUCUUCUGAGGAUAUGAAACAUUUGGAGGUUGUGAAGUCUAAAAGGAAGGUUGUGGGACGAUAUGCUUUUGGAGACAAUCUUUUUGAUCUGCCUAAUCAAAUUGACCAAGACUCUUUUAACAAGUGGUUUUCUCUGGGGCUGAGAAAAAAUAAUAAGUAUAAGAAAUUUGAUGAUAAUAAUAGUAUCAUUAAGGAGCCAUUUCAGUUUUGUGUAACUGAGAUUGAGAGAAAAUUUUGGUUUUAUGAUUUAGUUAAAGAUGGGAGGGAUUUGGACAAUGAGGUAUUUUUUUCCCUUAUUAUUAUUAAGUUGUUUUAGUUUUGCUGUUUUCAU